GUACGUCUGCCAGCCGCUCCGCUCUCUCCUCUUUCCGCCUCGCUGCCAAAACGCAGCAGCAGCCGCAGCCGCCGCCGCCGGUCUCGAACUUCCAGGCGGCCAUGAACGCUCACGCUUGUCCCCGCAGGUUGUCCCCGCGGUCCCGUUCGGCGGCGGUGGCCGCCGCUCUGCUCGUGCUGCUCAUCCAGACGCUGCUGGUGUGGAACUUCAGCAGCCUGGACGGCUCGUCCGGCGGGCGCGGCGGCCGCCACAAGCGAGCCGUCGGCCCGGACAAAGCCGACGGCCAGCCGCCCGGGAUCGGCGCCCGGAGGAGGAGCGAGCCGGCGCCGCCGGAAACGCUCGGAAACGCGGCCGUCAGACACAAACUACGAGCCGAUGUUUACCGCUCCCACCGGCCCAAAGAGAAGCCGCGACCCCCGGAUGGCAACAACAACGAGAAUUCGGUGCCCAAAGACUCGGACGGCGCGGACGGCGGGCGCCCGAGAGAGCCAGCCAAAUGGGCCGAGCGUUUCCCGGAGCAGAGCGGCCGCAACGGCUCCCGCGUCCCCGCCCCGGAGCAGAAGGCGUCGGAGUGCGAGAUGCUGGGCAAGGAGGUGAUCUCGGCGCUGUCGCGAGCCAAAAGUCGCGAGUGUCGUCAGCGGAUAGCCGACGUCUACUGCCGACACCAAGAGGAGAAGCUGAUGCCGCGCCGACUGCCUCGAUACUGCCCCCUGCAAGUGAAAGCGAGCGCGAGCAUCGAAUGGGACGAGGAGCUGGCCCCCGCCCCCGCGACGCCGGUUCGGGUGGCCUUCGUGCUAGUGGUGCACGGGCGGGCCUCGCGUCAGUUCCUUCGCCUCUUCAAGGCUAUUUACCACACGGCACACUUCUACUACAUCCACGUGGACCAGAGGUCCGAUUUUCUUCACCGGGAGGUGACGCCGCUGGCCCGCCGAUACCCUAACGUGCGCGUGACGCCGUGGAGGAUGGCCACCAUCUGGGGCGGCGCCAGCCUGCUUGGCAUGUACUUGCGUGCCAUGGAGGACCUGCUGGACAUGCGCGAUUGGGCCUGGGACUUCUUUGUCAACCUCAGUGGCGCCGACUACCCCAUCAGGACCAACGAUCAGCUGGUGGCCUUCUUGUCCAAACAUCGCCACCUCAACUUCAUCAAGUCUCACGGCCGGGACAACGCUCGCUUCAUCCGCAAGCAGGGUCUGGACCGCCUCUUCCUGGAGUGCGACACGCACAUGUGGCGCCUCGGCGACCGCAAGAUCCCGGAGGGCAUCGCGGUGGACGGCGGCUCCGAUUGGUUCCUGCUCAACCGGGCCUUCGUGGACUACGUGGUGCGGUCGAAAGACGAGCUGGUGUCCGGCCUGAAGCGCUUCUACGCCUUCACGCUGCUUCCCGCCGAGUCCUUCUUCCACACGGUGCUGGAGAACAGCGCCCUCUGCGGCAGCGUGGUGGACAACAACCUGAGGCUGACCAACUGGAACCGGAAGCUGGGUUGCAAAUGUCAGUACAAGCACAUCGUGGAUUGGUGCGGCUGCUCUCCGAACGACUUCAAGCCCGCCGACAUGCCGCGUUUCCAGCAAGCGUCGCGCCCGGCCUUCUUCGCCAGGAAGUUUGAGGCCACCGUGAGCCAGGAAGUCAUCAACCAGCUGGACGCGCAGCUGUUCGGGACGCCGGCGCCGGGCCUGCCCGGCUUGAAUGCCUACUGGGAGAACGUCUACGAUCGCGAGACGGACGCCGCGCCGACGGACGCCGCACUCAGCCACUUUCACGCCUUCGCGCGCAUGGGCCUGGAGCGGGCCACGGUCUCGGCGCGAGGACGCCCCGUCUACGACGCGUGCAGGUACGAGGGGACGGGUCAGCCUCUCUCCGUGCACAUGUACUUCCUGUCGGACCGCUUCCAGGGUUAUCUGGUGCGUCACGUGGCGACCGAACUGGGCUCUGGCAGGUCUGAGACACUGGAGACCUGGGUGACCCCCCGGGACCACUUUAGCCAGGACAAACGCCCCCAUCCGGACAACAGGCUUCUGCACAUCCAGGUGGGUCGCGAGUGGGACGCCAAGGAGCGCCUGUUCGUCACGCGCGGGGGCCUUCUGGGCCCUGAGGACGCCCCGUCGGCGGCGCUGCGCUGGAGGCGGGGAUCCGGCAACUUGACGGCCACCGUGGUGUGGAUCGACCCCACCAAUGUGAUAGCGGCCACAUACGACGUGCGCGUGGACGCCGGCGCCGAGGUCACGCACUACCGCCCCCCGCUGGCCGGGCCCCUGCGCCCCGGCAUCUGGACGCUCAAGGUCCUGGACCGUUGGAGCCCGCUGGGACAGACCGCUUUCCUUAUCGCCCCGCUGCAGUUCCGACGAGGGCGGCCCAUAUCGCCAGAGGAGGCCUCGGUCGUUCAUGGUGGUCCGCCAGGAAAGUCGUACAUGGAGCAGAGCUUCCACGGCUUGAACCCGGUGUUGCGCUUGCCGCUGAGCCUGGGCGCGGUGGAGGAGGCGGAGGCCAACGCCGGCCUGACGGGGGCGCCGCUGCGCCGGUGGCUGGACCGUCUCCUGGCCGGCUUCUGGGCGGCGUCCGACGUCUGUUCGGCCGCGUCCGGCGAACCGGCCUGUCCCGCCCUGCGCCGCUGCCGGCGGAGCGCCUGGAGCUCGUACGGCCCGGACCCCAAAUCCCAAUUGGGACCCCCCCGACACGACGGACGCAUCAGGUAGCACCGCCCUGGCUCUUUUCUUGGACUUCAUACUUCAUAGAAUGUCAUUUACAAAACUGUAUUCCUCAAAACAUUGCAAUGUAUUUAUAUGUCGUUUUUCCUCAUUUAAUAAGUGAUCGAUUACGCAACAGUAUUAAAUAUAUUUAUACAGUGGUACCUCAAGAUGUUAAAUUGGUUCAAAAAAGGCUUUUGGAUGUCAGAUUAUUUUUGUAUAAUGAAUCACGUUUCACAUUUAAGUGACCUCAUCGGUUUCCAGCUCUACUGUCAUGUCCUCAGUCUUUAUUUUGUAAUACUCUGUAGCCCCUAGUGGCGCUUUAGUGUAACUAGUUUUUUAGGCUAUAGACCCUACUCACGUGACGUCACAGCCACGCCCCCGCGCCAUGUUGUCCGUCAACACAUCGUGCUUACCUGUUACGGCUACGUAAAUUCCUCCUAUUAUGGCGUUUUUCUGCUCGUUAACAUUAAUAAUCAAAAUGGUGAAGUCGUGUGUGGCGGUCGGUUGAAAAAACAGAGAAGAUAGACGGAGAGACUUGAAGUUUUACCGUAUUCCGAGAGACCCGGAGAGGAGAGCGAGAUGGACUGCUGCAAUUCGACGAGAAAACUGGGCUCCAGACGACUACCACAGAUUAUGUAGUAGUCAUUUUAUAUCUGGUAAGAUGCAUUUAUUAUAUAUUUAGAGGGUUUUGGGCUGACAACCACAAUUAAGAUCAUUGCUAGGCUAAUCGCCGACAACAUACACUCAGACGUUGUGAAUGAAUUACCUAAAAAUAUAUAAUUAUAAGGGGAUAAUAAGACAGUUGUCAUACAAUUAAUUUACAAUUUCACUAUUGAGGUCAAAAGCCAAAAAAAAAAAAAAUUCAAAUUGGGAGAAUCUGGAGUAGUGCUAUCACACUUCAUAUUUUUUACAUAUUAUAUAUGUAUGUAGUGAGAGUGCUAUCGCUAAACCAUAUAAACAUUAAAAGCCCUAGCUCCAUUGACAAAUUCUUUGUUUGGAUAGAUUAUUAAUCAUCUAAUAUAUCAGGGAAAAUGCAACACGAACAAAAAAAAUACAUUUAAGUGAUAGUUAUGAGGUAGAUAGCCGUGAAUUUUUUACAGACGCCAUUUUUUUUCAUUGUGACGUAAUUUGUUUAAAAGUUAAAAUAUGCAAGUGAAUCAUUUUUUAAAGUCGUUUUCUUUUUUUUACAAAAUAUUGGGCAUCGAUUAAUGAUUCUAGGCUAAAAAUGACAGACAUUUUGAAUAAUACAUAUAAUUAAUUACAUUCGUUUUAUGGCUGGGUUAAAACAAAAGUGGUUGCGCGACAUCUGUAAAUGGUUGUUUCCAGGGUAAAACGGACAAAUUAAAAAUAGUUUGGGGGCUUAAUGGGCCAUGAAUCUGCUAUGGCAGCAUAUAGACAUAUUGUUCUAUCAAACACAACAGUUCUUUUGGCUUAAAAUACAGCAGUUUAUUUUAUAGAGGUUUGCAAGAGCAGAAACUGCUUUUUCAGUCUUGUCUGUGUUUUUCGCCAUAUAUAUUUACAUAUAUUCUUUCUGAGACAAUUCUGAAAGAACCCGAAAAUUCAUUCAGAAUGGAAAACACAAGCAAAAAAUUUAACUGCUCCGUAAACCGAAGGAAGUUCAUUAAGUUCAAAAACUCAUAAAACUAAUCUUAAUGGCGGAUUGCAGGCAAGUAUCAGGUGCAUACCGCCACCUACUGUACAACACCCAUCUGAAGGCUUGUACUCGUGUUGCUCCCUCUAGUGCUCAAUUACGGUACAGUUGCACAGAGCUUAUCGAUUGCGCCAGGGGCAUGAAAACGAAAGUAUCAAUCCACAAUAAAAUUUUAAAAAGAAAACAAAGAAAGGUAACAUCUAACGCAGGCGACUAUUUGAAAAGUAGUGGAGUAAAAUGUACAGGUAUGUGCUGUAGAAUGUAGUGAUGUCAAAGAAAAAAAAAUCAUAUCUGUACUCAAGUAGAGAUACACAAAAAUGUACUUAAGUACAGUAACAAAGUACUUUUACUUCGUUACAUUCCACCACUGGCAAACACAGAGUGCUCAAAAAACACCAGCAAACUUCAAUAGCCACUGAUUGCUAUUUCAUAAGUUAUAUUCGUUUUAGGGCUGUCAAAAUUAUCGCAUUAACGGUCAGUA